CAAUCGAUGCAAAUGCCAUCACUACAUACAAAGUUCUAUCGUUUGUUUUGUCAGCUCUAACGACGAAGGAGACGAAUUUGCAUCAUAAAAUUCGAUUUCAAGCCUAAAUCAUGCGUCUGACCUCAAUCCUGAAUGGAGCCCACUUCGGCAACCUGGCCAAGGUGCACGGCAUCGUUACCUACAAGCUGUCGCCUUUCGAGCAGCGCGCCUUUGCCGGAGCGAUCAGUAAGGGAGUUCCUAACAUGAUCCGCCGUUUCCGCUCCAACGUCUUCAUCGUUGCCCCCCCCUUCAUCCUGGGUUACCUGAUCUACGAUCUGACCGAGCGCAAGCACGCCGCCCUCCUGCGCAAAAACCCCGCUGACUACGAGAAUGACGAAUAAGCGAUUGUCGUCCCACUAGCAAAUAGUUAUGUUAAACUAAUUAAUAAAACUAGACCCACAGUUCAAAAGAGUUGUGUGUUUCAGUGGCGAUGAAGCGAAAAA